CAUGCAUCCUCUGCACCCGAAUGAGACCAACUGGAUCGACCAAGUCAACAACAGCCUCAUGCUCGCGCACAUGCCCUUCUAUGAGCAACAAUACUGGGAGAAGCGGUCCAUCUACAGGGUCCCCGCCCACAUCACCAACCUCAACAGCGAGGCCUACCGGCCGCAGGUUGUCUCCUUCGGCCCCCACCACCACCACGACCUCCACCCCAUGGAGGACCACAAGCGCCGCGCGCUCCUCUGCUUCCUCAGGCGGUCCGAGAAGCCCCUCGAGCGCUUCCUCGAGUCCCUAAAGGACGUGCUGGGGGCCCUCGAGGAGAGCUACGAUGUGCUGGACCCGAUGUGGAAGAAGGACAGCGGCGAGGGCGCGGCAGACCGAUUCCUGCAGCUGAUGAUCACUGACGGCUGCUUCAUGCUCGAGAUCCUGAGGUUCGCAAAUAUGGAGGUGUACGACUAUGCACCCAACGACCCCAUCUUUAGCAAGCACGGGAGGCUUUACAUACUUCCAGUCAUUGGACGGGACAUGCUGCUGCUGGAGAAUCAGCUUCCCAUGCUAGUACUGGAUCGGCUGGUCGCCGUCUGUGAUGACAAGAAGGAGGACGAAUACAUCAACGAGCUCAUCCUCAAGUACUUGGGCGCCAGCGAGAACAAUCCAAGCACGGGAAAAUGCCUGCACGUCCUGGACGUCUUCAGGAAGAACCGGGUCCAGCUCAAUCUGGACAAAGUGGUGAGCAUGGGCAACCUGAACAACGCGUGCACGGGAACAUGCCUGCAUGUCCUGGACGUCUUCGAGAAGAGCCUGCUGAUGGAGUCCAAGAAGAAUAAAAAGAAGAAGAGCAAGGGCGGCUUGGAGAUAAUACUACCAGCCACCGAGCUCCGUGAGCACGGGAUCCAGUUCAGGCAAAGCAGCACCAACAGCCUCAAGGAGAUCUCCUUUGCCAGCGGGGUCCUGAGGCUCCCCGUGAUCGUCGUAGACGACAGCACCGAGUCCAUGUUCCUCAACCUCAUUGCGUUUGAGCGCCUCCACAUCCAGGCUGGGACAGAGGUCACGUCCUACAUCUGCUUCAUGAACCACCUCAUCGAUAAGGCGCAGGACAUUGCGCUACUCCGCAAGAAGGGCAUCAUCCAGAAUUACAUGGAGAGCGACGAGGUGGCAGCCAAGCUGUUCAACUCGGUGGCCAAGGAUGUGAUGCUCGACCCGGACAGCAGCCUCCAUGACACGAUCAACAAGGUCAGAAAGUACUGCAUGAAGAGGGGGCACAAGUGGAGGGCCAAUCUCGAGCACAUCUACUUCAGGAAUCCUUGGGUUAUAUUGUCUAUCAUUGCCGCCUUCCUCCUCUUCGGGCUUACCACAAUUCAGACAGUAUAUACAGUGCUCGGCUACAAAAAAUGA